AUGGGGAAAAAUUCAUGGCUGACUGCAGUCAAGCGAGCCUUCAGGUCUCCUACUAAAGACUCACCCGAACAAAAGAGAAGUACUUCCAGGAGAAAAGUAGAUAAUCAUCAACAACAACGACGACGACAACAACAACAAGAGGAGGAUGAAAAGAAAACCGAAAGGCGGAGAUGGGUGUUCAAGAGGCAGUCGAACAACGACUACCACCACCACCACCACCACCACCACCACCAACCAGUCGAGCCAAUCGAGCAGACAAACACCGCGCGCCCGGCCGAGCAGCGGCACGCCAUUGCAGUGGCGGAAGCUGCUGUCGCGACUGCAAAGGCAGGUGUCGAGAUUAUCCGUCUGACUCAGCAGCCCACACUGCUGAAGCUGCAGUGCGCAGCCAGAGUCAUCCAGACAGCCUUCAGAGGCUAUCUGGCAAGGAGAGCUCUAAUCGCUCUAAAAGGGAUCGUGAAGCUCCAAGCGCUCAUCAGAGGGCAGAACGUUCGGAAGCAGGCGACCCUGACUAUGCGGUACAUGAAGACAUUGCUGAGGGUGCAGGCGAGGAUGAGAGAUCAGCGGGCCCGCCUUUCGCAUGAAGGGGCAAGGAGGUCCAUGUUUGCAGAGACUAGAAAUAUAUGGGAGUCCAACUACACCAAAGACAUGAAAUCAAGAUCGAGAGAUGGGAGUUGUGUUACCGAUGACUGGAGGGAUUGCCCUCGCACGCUGGAGGAGCUCGAAGCGAUUUUGAAAGCAAGAAAUGAAGCUGCAUUGGUACUGCACGACUACAAGUCGUUGCCUUUCGCUUUCUCGCAGCAGCAGAACAAAAUACUGGAUUCGGACAGCGAAAACAGAGCAAAAUGGCUGGACAAAUGGAUGUCCGCAAGGCAGCAACCGCCAUGGGAGUACCCCAGCAGGCCCUCAACCGAGUACCGACGAGCAAGCACCGUCGAGAUCGACUCACACCGGAAAUCCCGCUGCCAGAGCCCCAUACGCCAGUCCAGGCCAACAAAAUCCCCUCCAAUCCGAGCCAAAGAGGACAAGUGCCAGUCUGCAGCAAACACGCCCUCCCUGCGCUCGGCUGUCUCGGUCCCCAAUUACAUGGCGGCCACCGAGUCUGCCAAAGCCAGGGUACGGUGGCAGAGCGCGCCGAGACAUAGGCCCGAAAGGGAGAGGAGCGCGAGAAAGAGGCUGUCAUACCCGAUGCCCGACCCGAAUUUCGGGCUGGGCAAGAAUCUGAGGAGCCCGAGCUUCAAGAGCGUCCACGCGGGCUACGUGGGUAUGGAGGAGCAGGAGAGUGUUGGUGGAGAGAUCUCGCCGUGUUCCACCACUGAUUUGAGGAGGUGGUUGAGGUGA